GUUUGAAACAAGGAAGUGAUUUGAUUGAAGACAAUAAAGAUAGUUGUACACAUACUGUAGGGAAGAUAAUUUUGUGUAUGCAUCUUAUUGACUACACCAAGUGCCAAUACUGACAUUAUAGGUAGAUUUUGAUGGCGAGACGUCAGUUACCCCUACCAGAUGGCAUAGCUCCAUCAAGGAGAGCACCACCUCCAUUGCCAGCUGAUGAUGAAUUCCCGCCUCCUCCAGUUCCUAGUAGACCCACACCUGGGAGACCAACACCAUCAGUUCCUCCUGCAGUUCCAACAUCUAGUAGACCUUCUCAACCAAAACCACCAGCUCAAAAGAACAAACCAAUUCUGCAACCUGCCUCUGAUUCUGAUUCAGACGAGGAUGAGUUUGAUUCUGAUUCUGACAGUUCCACAAAAAGUUAUGAAGACAUGUCAGGACAGACCAUUGAACCACCUAAACCAGAUAUACCAAAAAGAGGUUAUAAAGAUAACAUUACAAGGCCACCACCACCUCCACCAGCAAACUUCAAGCCUCCUCCUGAGCCAGUAGAAGAUGAAUUGUACGAUGAGGGGGAUGCAGGUGAUAUCUAUGAUGAGGCUGCCUUGGGAGGAGCAGAGUCAGAGGAAGAAGGUGAAACUUAUGAUGAUGCGGAAAUUGGAGAAGCAGCUGAUCAACAAGAGGAGUAUGCUGACUGUCAAGUUGAAGAAGAGAUAGAACAACCACAAGAAAGCUAUGAUGAGUUUCAAGGUGUAGCAGAAGACACAUAUGAAGUUGAAGAAGCCCAAGAAGAGGAGAGUGGAUUAAUGUACCAGGAAUGUGACAUAGGAGCAGCAGUAUCAGAAGAAUUGUAUCAGAUUGCUGAUGAUGAGGCACCACCUCCUCCGGCCCCAGCCCCUCCAAUAGCAGCAGCUCCAGCACUUCCACCACCAAGACCUAAACAGAAGAGAGACGAUGCACCACCUCCUCCUAGGAAUAUAGAAAAGAAACAACCAGUGCCAAAACCUACUGGUAUGGGUAUGCCUGCUAUAGGAAUGGGAGACAUUCUCAAUAUAAAAGACAGACUAAAAAAAGUCAGUGUCCCGCAAAAAGAACCUGAAAAGAAAGAACCAAAGCAGUAUACAGAUCAUAAUGAACUUCAAGCAAAAUUCAAUUUCUUUAAAAACAAGGAGAGAGAAGAUAGUAGUAGUGACAGUGAUGAUGCUAGGAAACCAAUAAAACCUAGUCUUAAUAAACCUUUACCAGUGAAACCUUCCGAUGUUCCCAGUGGUCGCUUUCCCAAACCUGUUGCCAAGAAGAGACCAAAUGUUCCACUUAAACCUUCACGUGUUUCGGAUGAGCAAAAUGACUCUUCAAAUUUUUUAAGUCAGAAAACUAGUGAUUCCUUACCACCAGUUCCACCACAAGUCAAAGAAAUCCCAUCCCAUCAUCGAGAUCUGCCUCCUACUCCAUCCAAUGCCACACCUGGUCCUCCACCACCUAGGGGAAAAGAUGGUUAUACAAAGGUCAGUGUAAAUGAUGCAGAAGAAAACAAUAAUGAAGACGAUGACCAAGAAAUUUAUGAUGAUGCGAUAUCGUUUGAAGAACCAUUGUUGAAGGAAAGGUGGUAUUUUGGAGAGAUAGACAGAAUGGUUGGAAAUGAUAAAUUAAAGAAAGUGGGAGCAAAUGGAUCUUUUUUGUUACGAAAAAGUACAAAAGGAGGAAAUAAUCAGCCUUAUACAUUGAUGGUUUUAUAUAAUGAUCAUAUAUAUAAUCUGAAGAUAAGAGAAAGAAAUGAUGGUAGGAUGGCUAUAGGAGAAGAAAAACCUGAUGAAAUGUCUUUUAAAUCAGUGGAAGAUUUAAUCAAACACCACCAGUCCAAUGACGUCAUUCUGGUUCACAAAGACGGCAAGCAAGACACGACAAUGCUGAUUAGAUCUCCAAUGAAAUGAUAAUCAUUGACAAAUUCACAGACUUGUCAUAUUGUAAAACUGAUCAUUUUUGAAUAGAAAUGCUGAUAAUGUAUUAGAUUUGUUGUUUGAGGUGAAACAAUUUUUCAGCUAUAGCUACAGCUGCCAUAGAACUCACAUGAACAAAAAAUUGUCAGUUAUACCAAUGUAUUCAAGAUUGAUCUACAAUAUAUCAACAUUUUAAUUUAAAAUAAUUCAAGCUUCUAUGCCAUGUAUGACUUAGCAAUAUCCAAUGGAAAAGUGGCUAACAUAUUAUGAUGUUUAAAAUUUGUAGAAAACUGACAUUAUACAAUACCCACUAUUCAUUGCCAUGAUAUGGUUAUCAUCAUGAGUACCCUGAAAAUAAGGGGAUACAUUUUAAAAGAAUUUAACUCUUACCUAAGUGAACAGAACAUUUUAAUGUCAUUGCUAAAUUUAAAGAAGAAUGGCAAUAAGGAUUUAGAAAUAUUAUUUAACCAAACUUUUUUAAAGCCACUUAAGUUAUUUGUGGAAAAUUGCUUGAAUCAUUGGUGCUUAUUUUCAUGGUUUUAUACUCUGCUCUUUUUUUUGGGUUUAUUACAAAAAGUCUAUAACAAAUGAUCUACACAAGUAAUUAUCAUAAUUUGCAAAGAGUCUACACGAAUCACUAUUUAACACAAAAAUAUAAAUAAAAGGGUUGUGAGUGUGCCAAAAAGUUUAAGAUAAAGUAAUCAGCAUUGAGAUAUACAAUAUAGAUAAGAAAAGAAUAUGAUUUAAAUAUUGAGCUUGAUACAUUUAUAAGCAUUAAUGGAUAAAAUUAUUUAAUUUAAAAAAAAUGAUAACUGUAAAAGUUUGGGUUUUUUUUGGUACUCACAAGAGUGAAUAUAAAGGUAGAUCCUUACUGUUAUGAUUUUAUAUUAUGACCAUAAAAAAAUAUUAUUUGGCACUUAGGAAAUAAAUGUGUAAACAAUUUACUUUCAUUAUUUUUCAUUAGUAAAUGUAUUUUUGUGUUAUGAAAAUGCUAGUGAUAAAUUAUAUGAAAUCUGUGAUAAUAAAGAGAGGUGGUAGCCAUUGGGUAUAUAUCACGUUGCCAUCAAGUGUAAUGUAUAUGCAAAACAUUACAAUAAUCUCAUGCAUGUUUGUACUUAUGUGUUCAUGCUACAUAUAUCGUAAAAUGUUUUACUAUGCAUUCAGUAAUGUUUAUUUUUUGGAUGUGAAAAAUGUAUUUAUGAUAUAUCUGGAUUAUUAAUACUUUAGAGAAUUUUUAAUGAUCAUAUGAUACAACUGUUUUAAAAUGUGCUUAUUUAUUAUUUUAUUAUUUUGUGUGUCAAAUACAAAUGUUUCAUUGAACUUACUUGCUAGAUUCUGCCUUGAAAAAAGCAUCUUAAUGCCUCUCAUAAUUGAGAUGUUAUGAUUGUUUUUACCCCAUUUCUGUUAAUAUUAUGAAAAAAAAGUUUAUGAUAUAGCAUGCAAGCAUGUAAACAAAUUUUCAAGGUUAACUCUGACACAUGACCAUGUUCUCAAUUUACAAACUUUGUCAGUGGUUGUCUUAUGUUAUAUCUUAAUGAUUGUAUACUUUGGUGAAUUUCCUGUUGAUGGCAGAUCUUUGAUAAUCUCAGUUAAAUCUGUUUACUAUUUUUCUAAAAUUAGGGAGAUUUGGAGCUUGACAUAUUUUGAUGACAUCUGUCAAUUGUUGUAAACUGUAUGUUGAUCAUUUUAAAUCUUUUGCUUUUUGUAUCAUCGGGUUGCUGUCUCACUGACGUAUACAUAAAAUCCCACCAUUUCCUUAGAAUCAUUUUAGAUAUGUUUUGAUAAAUUUUUUCUGACACCUAUUAGUAAAGAAAUAUUUAGGAUUUAACAUACCUGCUAAUAUAUUUCUAAUAUUAAACUAAUUUUUUAAAGAUUGAACAGAUUUUGUUAAAUAUAUAUUUUGAUAUGAACUUUUCCAUGGAUUUUCCAUUGAUGCUUGUUAUUUGUUUUUGAGGUAAAAUUACUUUUAAAAGUGAAAAGUUAUCACUAUUGCAUUCAAAACUGUACUUGACUAUUGUCAUUUAAUGUUCAGUAAAAAAAAUGAUAAAAUAUGCUUGGUUGAAAGUUGAGAGGAAAAAGAUGGAUUGAAAUUUUAUUUUUACUGUUUUCUUUGUUGAUUUGACAUUCCAUAUGAAAUAUAAUAAUACAUUCCUAAAUGAAUUAAAUUUUGCAUUCCAUUGGACUUUAUGAUGAUCUAUAGAUGAUAAUAUUUGCAAUUUGAAUUAAAAGGUACAACUGUAUAUGCAAAAAUCAAUAGAUUUUAAGAUAACAGCUAUAAUAAUUUAUGUGUUAAUCAAUGCUUAAGCUACUAGUCAGUUCUUUUUUUCAAUUUAAUCAAAAAUUUUAAGCAAAUAUAUUUUGGAGAUUUUAUGUUAAUCAUGAAAUUAGCGGAAAAUAAAGCACCUCACAAAAAUUUCCCAAACAACAGUAAAUACUACCAUUUAAAUAAUUUGUUAGGAUUUUCCAUACCUGUAAAGAAAGAGCAGUGAAAUUGUAAGAAAAUACAAGUGGUCAGUUAAGAUAUAUCAUGUUAACAGUGAACUAAAAUAGAGGACACUGACCUUGUCUUAGUGUAUAUUUCAAAUCACUGUUUUUGUAAAAUUAUGUUUAUUUGUAAGAUUAUGAGGGUUUUUAUUGUGAUCCUGCAUCAUAGAUUGUAUAUGGUUACAUUUAAUAUUAGCUCUAAAAAAUGUCGAUGUAGUAGUUCAGUUGGGUUUUUUUCUCGAUAAUUAUUUUGAAAACCAAUGCAAAGCCAAUCUUGUUGGCUGUUUAUAUGGUGUUUUAGGAUAAUAACAAAUAUUGCUCAGUUUGGUUUGUUUACUUCAUAUUUUUUGUGUGUGCAUGUGUUCCGGUUUGGUCUAUACUUUGAAGCCAAAUUAAAAGAAAUCAUGGUCUGAGAGAAAUUCAGCAUAAUACUGUUAGUGAGCAUUCAUUGUAUGAAUUGUUUUACCAUUUAAUUAGUAAAUGUAUUUUCAUAUAUACUUUAAUUAUUAUAAAUAAAAAAUACUACAUUGCAGGGUUGAUCUUCACCAGAGGGUGUUACAAUUGGCAUGUAGCAAACUUGAUUUAUAUAUACAUUCCUAGUGAAAAUGUACAUGUAGAUCUAAACAUACAAUGUGAAGUCUGGCUCAAAACUUUUGAAUACCUUGAAGAAUGUUAAAAAUACUUGGUAUUAUUAUCAUGUCUUGUCAGCUGUUAUUCUGCUAUGAAGAUACCACCUUUUUAAAAAAAGAUUUUGACAUUCCUAUAGAAAUGAUUACUAAUUAAACCUAUUUUUAAGACCACAUGGCAUUCAUAACAAUUUUUUGAUGGCAGUGCUGUCAACUAGUCAGGUUUCACUAUAUUUGCAUCGUAAGUAUGUACAAGAAUGGUCAGAAUUCUCAAAUGGUCAAUUUAAAGUUUUUGUUUGAGUUGUAGUUCUUAGUUGCAGUGAUAGAUCAACUCUUUUUGGAAAGUGAUAAUUUCUUUAGAAAUGACUUGAUACAAACUAGAUUCAGCUAUAUAUUACAGAAAAUUUCUUUCCAUAAACAAACCAACUAUAUUUUGGCAUAUAAAUUGUUUUCUGCUCUUUGGUCGGGUUGUUGUCUCUUUGACACAUUCCCUGUUUCCAUUCUCAAUUUUAUUUGCCAUAAUAAUUGAUUUAAUCGCUUUUUACAGUAAUCAAGAACAACUCUGGUGAUUUGAACAAAUUUUUAACUGGAUUUAUAUUUUAUAAGAACAAUUCAGUUCUCUUUUAUAGAUUUAGUAAACUAGUAUUUUUACACACAUAAAGCUUCUGUAUAUAUACUUGCACUUCCUGUGUAUACAUGUGUAUGUAUUUAUGUAUUUAUUGAUUUUGAAGUAUUGAAAUCGUUCUUUACAAUUUUCUGUAUAUUUUUUGGUAACUUAAAUAAUAAUAGUGUUGAGUUCUACUUAUACAGGGAAUAACAUAGCACAUAAUUAUAUGUGAAAUUAUGUUGAAAUUUCAUUGAAAGUUGUGUGAUAGUUACCAUUACACAAAUUCUACCAAAGUAAAAUAAAACAAAACAAAAGUCUUUUGGACAUUUUCAAGAAGUGUGUAAUUUGACAAAAUUUUAGUGAAUUUAAAACGACUUGAUUGUAAGUGUUUCUUUCCACCAAUUGCAGUUCUUUAAAAUUUCUGACCCAAUUACAAUUUGAUUCAUCAAUCCUGUUUGAAUUGAUAUUAAAAUGCUAUCCUGCCAUACAAAGAUUUAUAUUUUUGUCCCAUGAAAAAUCAAAAUGUUUUUCACAAAAUUUUCUUCAUAAAUUUUUUUUAGUACUGCAUUUAGAUGAACUAUCACAAAGUGCUCUCAAAUGAAUUGGAAAUUAAAGAAAUUGAAUACAUCUAAUUUUGAUCUCAAUUGAAACGAAUGUCACAAAAGCAAAGUGAUCAUACAUUCCAUUGCAGGUUUAGUCUACUUUCUUUUUUUUAGAUAUAAAUAACCUUGUCAAACUAUCAUAGAAUUUUACAAAAACUCGUAAAGAGGUUUCUGCAUGAUCAAAAGACAGUAUCUAGAUCAAACUUUUUUUUUAAAUCUUCAAUUUUUUCCAUAUUUUGCUGAUAAAUGUACUUAUUUUUUUUUGCAGCUAACAUUUAGAGACAGUGUGGUGUUUUAAGUUUUUUUGACAUCAAUAAUUUUUGUCAAACUUUCAUAGAAUUUUAUGACAAAUAGUAUAGGGUUUAGCUAAAGAACAUUUCAAUGAAUCAUCAUUGUUACAAAAAUGAAUAUGUAUUUUAAAGUGAUUUUGUUAUCCAUGUUAUAUACCGGUAUAUAAAUAUAUACGAACAAUGUAUUUUAAACCAUUCACAUAGUAUAUUUUGAAUUAAAUAAAUCAAACAAUUAAA